AUGGCAUCAGCAACUUUUUUUGAACAUGAUGUUCAAAGAUCUUUAAUGAAUAUCUCUUUGGAUUACCUAAAUACUCCAGACAAGACAGCAAGUAUCAUUUGUAUCUUUACUCUUAAAUUCGAUAAAAUGAAUAUAUCUGAUAAAAUAGUUAAUCUAUCACACUUAAUAUUAAAUAAGAUAAUUAGUCAUUUAGAUCAAAACAUUGACAGAAUAUGUUUUAGUUUUGCUUGUAAGAGAUGGUUCAACGAUAGAGAUAAAUAUUUAAUAUUCAACACCGAUAAUAUCUGUAUUAACUCUGAUAAUAAUAAUGAUAUCACUCAAAAUCAUAAACAUUUCCUAUUACCUUCAUAUAAUAACAUCUAUCUGAAAACGAUUCAAACAAAGACUGAUUGUUCACUUUAUUUUGGAUAUAAAGAUACUCAUACAAAAUUUAGAUACGAUUUUUUCUAUGAUAGUGAAUUAAAGUGUCUUCAUCGAUUGUUGAAUGAAUCACAAUCAUUAACAACAUUGAUUGGAUGUUGUACAUUGAAAUAUGGACUGCCAACCACAAUCAAAACAAUUAUGUUUCAUUCUUCAUUCAAUGAAAAACUUGUUCGAGGAUCACUUCCAUCGUCUUUAGAGGUUGUAGAUUUCGGUGAUAAUUUCGACCAAGAGAUUCCACCAGGUGUACUUCCAGAAGGUCUACUCGUAUUCACUAUAAACAACCGGCACUAUCAACACGAAAUUCAACCAGGAGUAUUCCCAUCAUCAAUCAAGACCAUAAAUCUCAUAAACUAUUCUAUGCCGAUCAAAGCUGGAGUACUUCCAACAAACCUUGAUAACUUAAGAUAUACUUACGGAGUUGAAAGACCAUUGGAAUUACCGAAAUCCUUAAAAUACCUAGAGAUUUGCGGGCCCAAUACAAGUUUAAAAAGGUUAUCAUUACUUACGAAUCUUCAAACACUUUUAGUUCACCAGUUUAACAAUGGAAAACCUACAUUAGAUAUCAAUUGCCUCCCACCAACCAUAAGAGAAUUAGAAUUCAAACGAUAUCGAUUGAAAGGAACAAUGCCAACUUCAAUACGUAGAAUCUUUAUGGAGGAAUGUGAAUUUCAGUUCAACGAAAUAUUCCCAGAAACAUUGCAAUAUUACUUUGAAGUAUUCAAAUAUUCAAUAGCAACUAUAGUUUCAAUUCCGUCGAACAUAAAGAUUGUUCACUUGGAGGUGUAUGGAUCGUCAAACGAACCAAUCAUUUCACUACCAUCAGGAAUAGAAUCAAUCUACCUAAGUGGCCAAUUAAACAAUGAAAAAGAACAUCUUCUCGAUUGUGAUGGUGAUCGAGGUGUUGGUGGCCCAUCCGAUAAACCUGUAUUAUUAAGAGAGCUGCGUCUUCCAUUAUUCAAAAAAGUAAAACCUAAUUUUAAUCUACCACACACAGUCGAAGUGUUAGAUGUUGGUAUGAAUGAUCUCAAUGAUAUAUUACCGGUGGUUCCCUCAACACCAACAAUUAAAACACUCGGCUUUUCAAAACAAUCAGCAAUCAAUAUCAUCAUACCAAAUAAUAUCAAAUCGAUCACCAAUAUCAUCUAUCAUAAUAUUAGCUAUUCUAUAUAUACUAUUCGAAAGUUAGAUGAUAGUUUUUAUUUGAUCUAUGGUGAAAAUCAAGUUACAAACUUAAUAAUAGCUAAGGUCUUCCAUCAAUCUAAUCUUGAAAAAAUCUUAAGCAUAUCUUUUAAAUAA